UGUGUGUUCGCGCAAAAGGGCAACCGCGGGGAGUAUUAUUGAGUGGGUGAUGUAAGUGACGAUAAUGUUUCUUGUCCGUCAGUUGGGUAAAUUGAGACAUGGAGGAGAAUUUUGAGAUAAUUCUGAGAAAAAGUGAUAAUAGCCUCGGUUUUUCGUUACUCGGAAGUGCUGCGGGUCUGCCCCAUGUAAUCUAUGACAUCGUUGAGAAUUCCCCGGCGGCAGAAAGUGGCGAGGUGGAAGCUGGAGAUGUGAUUGUAAAAGUAAAUGGCACGGAUGUUCAUCGAUAUACAACUAAAGAAGUGCUGAAAUGCUUAAGAUUGUCUCAAGAUCCCGUCACAUUGGAGCUAAGAAGAGAUCCCAAUGUAAAAGCACACGUGCGGAAAUAUCUGGAGCAAACUAGCAAUUUGCAUCCAGAUGCUGAAAUUCGGCCAUUUAGUCUCAACGAUAGUGCAUUGUCACCCAAAGGAGCGGGAGCAGCAAGUAGUCAAGCGGGUGCAAGAUUUGGACACAAUCCGGCCUAUCGGGGACAACAGCAGCAGCAGCAGCAGCAACAUUCGGAAGUAACACAGAGUCGCCCAUCGAGGAUACCGCAAAUUGUACGUGGGCAAACUGUACCACCUGUCACCACAUCACACGCUCAACCGACAAAAAGUGCCCCGCAGUCACCGCAUGGGAAUAAAAUUAAGAAUGUCUCACAUAUUCCCUCGUCAAAUGGGACAAACAACAACAAUAACAGCCAAAUUGUUCCCCCAGCAAAUAAUAAGGCAAGAUUUGAAGCUUACAUGAUGACUGGAGAUUUGAUACUCAACCUCUCGAGGACACCACAGAGUUCAGGGUUGAUUACAUCACAUGCAAAGAAGGUGGAUAGUUUACGGGAUUCUCCGUCGAGGAUUAGCCGAAGAAAUGGUGCUAUGGCUCCACAAGCAAAAUACGAUUCAUCCCCAUCAUCGCCAACAUAUUCAACAGAUGACUUUAGUGGUGACUCAAACAAUUCCAAUAAGGUUCUCAUUGAGAAGGAUAACAAUUCCAUAAUAGAUAGCAUUGAGACAAAGGCAUCGCAACACAGUGGUUCUAUAAAUAGUGUGCAACAGAAAAGUAAAAGUGUAAAAGGAAGUGGUGUGAUGUGUAACAGUACAGGAGAAGGUGGUGGUGGUGGUGCAUUAAGUGCUAAUGACAGUGCUCCUCACAGAAAGGAUAUGUGUAGCGUGGUGAAGAGUUCAUCAUCGCAUGAUUCAGCAGCAUCAGCAGUUGUGGAUAAUAGGCAAUGGGUACAUGAUGGGAAUCAUGCAACAAGUGACAGUGUUGAUUGUGCGGGACAGCAACGUAUGGCGGAGAGGGGUGCAUCGUGUUCGUCACAGAUGAUGAUGAUGAGAAAACAGCCAAAAGAACAUACCUUUGAUAAAUCCUAUCUUCCAACAUCUUCCGUAUCUUCCUCCUCGUCAACGGUCAAAAGUGAUGCCGUGAGUUCUCCCGAUGUGUGUUUUUCAGUGCCUACAUCCCCAAUUUCGAUGACAACACCUGUCCUCGAGGAUCUUGCGGUGCUCAAGAAGCGCGAUUCUGCCAAUUCAGUCCCAACCAGCCCCGAAUCUGCUGGGCAACCAGAAACAAAGUUACGCCGUACGAAUAAUACGCAUAAUGGUGUUGUGCGCAAAUGCGAUGCAGCUGGCUUUAGGACAAGCCGCUCGGAGGAUCAUUUGCAGCAAAGUCAACGCGAUGGCCUGAGUGCGGUGAUACCCAUUGAUAUUGAUGAAGAUGUCAAUAGUUCGCUCAAUACACUCCUCGAUACGCGGCAUGAUUCCGAAGAUAGUCAAAGUAGCGAUAGGGAUCGUAUUGUAUGGACCUACAAUGCACCAAUUAUUCAACAAAUCUCCGCACAUUCAUCCACAUCACACUCCAGCUCCAUUAGUUCAUCGCCACAGCAUACGAAUACACCAGCAUCACCCACAUCCGUAUCAAGUUCCGUGAUGUCUUCAAACUCCAGCUCAAAGGGUGAGAAGAAUGCAACAAAUAGUGCCAGAAUGGAUACACAUCAAAAUCUCAUUGGGCCACCAAAUGGUGAUCAUAGUGUGUCCGAAGCUGUCUCCAAUAUCUCAAGUCCCGACUAUCAGGAUGAGGAUAAUUUGUUGAGUUCAAAGGAUAUGGCAGCAAUGGCAAUAAGUGAUCCAAGUGAUUCAGAUUCAACAAUUCUCGUGUCAGAUACAGUUCAUAGGAUACAGGAUAAAGAUAAUAAGAUUACAAUUCAUUUGCGCCAACAAAAUUCACAAUUCAUCCAGCACGGGUACUCAGAGCUCAAGAAUUCAGAAGAUGAACUCGCCACGCUUACGGAGGAUCCACCAACAAUGCAAAUUGAAUCUUCUGGGUUUCAAGAUGCAAAAGAGUCGUCACCACCUGUUUCUGAUGAUGGUAGCGACGUGGAUUCGUUGCAUUCGUAUCAUUAUUCACCGAAGGCUGUUGAUAUGCCAUCUGCAGUUCGCCUAGCCAAACGCCUCUAUGCGCUGGAUGGUUUUAAGAAAAGUGAUGUUUCUAGGCAUUUAAGUAAAAACAAUGACUUUACACGUGCUGUUGCUGAUGAAUACUUGAAGUACUUUAACUUUGAGCGACUGACCUUAGAUGAGGCUCUUCGGCAAUUCCUUCAGCAAUUCUCCCUAUCGGGGGAAACACAGGAGAGAGAACGAGUAUUGGUGCACUUCUCCAAAAGAUAUCUAGACUGCAAUCCCGGAACUUUUAAUUCUCAAGAUGCUGUUCAUACGCUUACUUGUGCUAUAAUGUUACUUAAUACGGACCUUCAUGGUCAAAAUAUUGGUCGUAAGAUGACCUGCUCCGAAUUUAUUGAUAAUCUGUCUGAGCUGAAUGAUGGUGAAAACUUCCCGAAGGAUAUUCUGAAGUAUCUCUAUCAGGCCAUUAAAAAUCAUCCAUUGGAAUGGGCACUGGAUGAGGAAUCACCUGAUCAGCAAAAAUCUCGUGCAGACAACAGUAUUCAGGGCAAUCAACUUGGAACAAAUUCCCUUUUGGAUACCAUGAAUAGUGUGGCUGCCAUUGAAUAUAAGAAAGGAUAUGUGAUGCGAAAGUGCUGCUAUGAUUCUAAUUAUAAGAAAACACCAUUUGGAAAACGUUCCUGGAAAAUGUUCUAUUGUACCUUACGUGAUUUGGUGCUGUAUUUGCACAAGGAUGAGCAUGGUUUCAGAAAAAAUCAGAUGUCUGACAAUGUUCACAAUGCAAUUAGAAUUCAUCAUGCACUCGCCACAAAAGCAACAGAUUAUACGAAGAAGCAGCAUGUUUUUCGAUUACAAACUGCCGAUCAGUCAGAGUAUCUCUUCCAGACGAGUGAUUCGAAGGAAUUACAAUCGUGGAUUGAUACGAUCAAUUGUGUGUGUGCCUCAUUUUCAGCACCCCCACUUGAGGGGGGUGUUGGUAGCCAAAAACGCUUUCAACGGCCAUUGUUACCAAGUAAUCAUACAAAAUUGCUUCUGAGGGAGCAAUUGUUGUCGCACGAUACCAAGAUAAUACAGCUGGAGAAUGAGAUUGAGGAGCACAGACGUGGUCCAGUGCCAACAAAGGGUCUACCAUUGCAGAAUUAUAAGGAAAAAGAAAGUUUCCUCCUCUAUGAGCUAAAGAGGUACAAGACAUACUCAGAAAUCUUGAGUACACGUAUGAUGUCGGGUGAGCAGGAUAUACAAAAUGCCAUCUCGCAGCAACAGACGCCAGCGGGUUUGCUGUCAGAUGAGGGACUCUCAAAUACCUACCACAAUUCCUUAAUAGCCAAUACAGGUGGGGGUUUCCAAGUGGGACCCAAUGGUGGGAGUGGACAGAAUGCUGGUGCCACCAUGCAGCAACCACCACAUGCAGAAUCCAUGCAGAUGACAAUGCAACAGCAGCAGCAACCGGCAACUAACAGGAAGGAGAACAAAUAUAAAACUUAGAGACUCGUGUGUAAAAGAUUAUAUUUGAAAAGUAUAUAUAUAUAUAAGGAGAAAAAAGUAUAUAGGUAACGUGAAUAUAUCUCUGAACAAAAAAAAAGAGUAAAAUGUGAAAAAAGUGUAUUUUAUUAUUAUUUAAAAAAUAAUAUAUAAAUGUGAAAUAUUUACUUUAUUAAUGUAAUAUCAAAUGAAAACCUAUUGCUUUUUUUUUAAGAGAAAAAAAAACAAUAUUACUUAAAAAAAUAAUGAAAACAGGAAACUGAAAACUCUUCUACCAAAAUAUAAAUCCGUUUUCCCAAAUUUUUGCAAUUUGUGUAAAAGACGAAGAUUUUUUUUAAAUAUAAAUAAUACUUAUCAUUAGAUCCCUCACUUGCCUUAUUAUGUCCAAUAUCUAAGUAAAAAAUAGUGUCAACAAUAAGUGAAAAAAAUAUUUUGUAUACCUAAAGCGCAAUUUUUGUAUUUCUUGUCUUAAGUUAUUAUUAUUUUUCUUUUUCUUUUCGAACUAUAAUUAUAUUAAUCUUAAACUAACUUUCAGUAAGUUGAAAAAAUAUAUACUACGAAGAAAGGCAUUUACAGCAUCACAUUUAUUAUAAAAAAAAGAAAAAAGUUCUACGUGCUAUUUUUCUAUAAAUUAAGUGAUAUUAGUUUGUAAAAAAAUUCUCAUUUACUUAAAAAGAAAAAGGAUAAAAAGAAAUUUGUGGAAAUAAGAUGUUUUCCAAAUAAAUCCAUAAAAAUUAAAUUUUGAUUCUAAAACAUUGGCUCUCAAGAUUAAAAUGCAAUUUUUCUGUAAAAAAAAAAAGAAUUAUCAAAAUAUGAGAAUUUUCUUUCCUUUAAUCCAAAAAAAAAAUGCAAAAGCGCUAAAAGAUUUUUUUUUGCAAUUUUGGAAAAUCAUUGAAAAAGAAAAUUAAUGAAAAAGAAAGGAGAUGCGUGAAAGGAAUUUUAUUGAAAGGACUAUUAUAUACAUAAUAAAAUAGUAAAGCAUUUUAAUACCUACAAUACUAUCGAUACUAGCUUUUAGGAAAUUCUAAUAUAUAAACUGAAUUUCUAUAUUAUUGUAAAAGAUAUAAGGACAAAAUUAUAUACAAAAAUAUUUUUCUUUUUCCUCUUUAUUAUUUAUCUAUUUCUUGUUUUUUUUUGUUUAACAUUUUUGAGAGAGAAAAAAUCAAGGUCGUGAUUAUGAAUUAACUGAAGAAGCAUAGAAUUUAUGUAUAAUGUACUAUAAUAUUCUCUCAUUUUGGACCAUUUCUUUUUUUUUUUUAUUAAAUGAGUGUAAAAGGAAUUUACAUAUAAAAUUUAUGUAUAAAUGUUCACGAAUAUUUUUUAACGCAACAAUAACAUUUUUUUGUAGCUUUAUUUUGCAAAAUAUCCUUUCAUUGAGCCAUUGGUGACAAAUUAUUAUUAUUAUUUUUUUGCAUUGAGAGUUUUUCAUUGCUUUAAUUAAUUAAAUUGGAUAUAUUAAUGCCACUAUGUUGCAGAACAAAAAAAAAGGAAGGAGGUAUUAUGCGCAGCUCUAAUUUGUUUUCAUGCAAAGAUUUAUUAGGGUGAUAUAUAAAAUAACAAUGUGAAAGAUUCCGAGAAAUAUUUUAUCAAAAAAAAAAUUAUCAUGAGAUUAAUAAAUGGAAAAGAAUGAAAGUUUACAUAAAA